AUGGGGAAUGGGACCUUCUGGAGCAACGUGGUCGUCAGCGGUGUGACGCCAGACUUGGUAGCGGAGAUUAUUCGUCGCAGCGGCAAGUCGACGCCUCUUUCUAUCCGAGGAAAUUUGGUGACCGACAGGGACGCUGACUUAAAGAAGAUCGAAUAUAUACUCCGGGAGUCGAACCGGAUCCGGCUGCUGGACUUGGAGAUCUCGACGGGGAACUUACGGAAGUUGGGCGCUGGCGAGGGCAUGCCGAAGCUUGAGGAACUCAGGUUGACCAGGAUCGUAGGCUCCGGGGAAGGAGGAGACGAUGACCUGCUUGAGCUCGGUGGCCUCCAGAGCACGCGCCUGAAGAAGAUCACGGUGGAUCCAAUAGAAGUCGAGGACGUUCGGUUCCUUGGCUACAUCCGCACUCCACGGCUCACACAAGCUAAUUUCUCGAUCCUCUCCAAAGAUGACGAGACUGUACUUUUGGGAAUUGUUGAUCUCGUUGCGCCGAUAGUUAACCAGGCUGUAAAGGACAACAGUCUCCAUGCCUGCCGGUUCCGCGCUCGCGAUAAAUAUUCUCUGGAGUUGGACUUUGCGCGAAAGAUGGGCGACUUCGACAGAUCUCCAAACACCCCGAUCAUCCACCUGGAGUUCGACAACAUGCAGUUGAAAGAGAACUUCCUGCCAACAAUCAAGGAUUACCUUGGCGAGUCUUUGAGUGCGGUCCGUGAUCUCAAGGUCGUCGACGGCGAGUACACGACUGGGACCCGCAAUGACUGGACGGCAUUAUUCGAGCAGAUGCCUGAGGUGCGGACCCUCCGAUUGCAUGAUCGCAGCGCCAGAGUGGUCCCAUCAGACUUCCUGGGAGCGCGAGACGUACCUGCUCUACUUCCGAAGCUGGAAUCCAUGAUUAUGAGGGGCAGUACCAGGCGGCGGUUGCUGAGAUUAUUUAAGCACCGCGACAACGCACGACAACUAAAAUAUCUCACUAUUUCUGAUGUAGCCGAUGUCACUCGGGGUGACUUAGACUCACUGGCCCACAUCGCCCACAACAUCUCAUCGGACGGCGUGGACAUCAAGCUACAGGUUCGCGAAGAGCAUUCGAGAGAGGGAGGUGGAAUGAGCGAAAAAGAGGGCAAACAGCUGUGCUAG